GUGCGGGCGCCGCGGGGUCCCGUCCAGUGCGAGCCCGGCCGGUGCGCCAGCCGUUCCGCCCGCUGGUCCCUUCGCGCCCUCUCCGCUGCUCGAGUCCCCCUCGCCGGCCGCGCCAUGCUGUCUCUAGACUUUCUGGACGAUGUGCGGCGAAUGAACAAGCGGCAGCUGUAUUAUCAAGUCCUAAAUUUUGGAAUGAUUGUCUCGUCGGCACUAAUGAUCUGGAAGGGGCUAAUGGUCAUAACUGGAAGUGAAAGUCCAAUUGUAGUGGUGCUCAGUGGCAGCAUGGAGCCAGCAUUUCAUAGAGGAGAUCUUCUCUUUUUAACAAAUCGAGUUGAAGAUCCCAUCCGAGUGGGAGAAAUUGUUGUUUUUAGGAUAGAAGGACGAGAGAUUCCUAUAGUUCACCGAGUCUUGAAGAUUCAUGAAAAGCAAAAUGGACAUAUCAAGUUUUUGACCAAAGGAGAUAAUAAUGCUGUUGAUGAUAGAGGCCUCUAUAAACAAGGACAACACUGGUUAGAGAAGAAAGAUGUCGUGGGGAGAGCAAGGGGAUUUGUUCCUUAUAUUGGGAUUGUGACGAUCCUCAUGAAUGACUAUCCGAAAUUUAAGUAUGCAGUACUCUUCUUGCUGGGUUUAUUCGUGCUGGUCCACCGUGAGUAAGACGCUGCAUCGCUGUUCCUGGAAGAUGCUGUACUUUUCGUUCCUGGAUGUUUGGCGUAGAUACUGGGCUGUGAUGGGUGGAGUGCAGCUCGCACCCGUCGGCGCUUCUGGGUAGCAACGUUUGCAUUAGUUUCUGUUUCCACGCCAGGGCCCAUGUGGGCAGGUGCACGGGCACCACGGCGUGCACUCGAGGGGACUCUCAAUCACAGGAUUUCAUAUGUUGUCAUUGUCACCCUUUCACAUUUUUGUACAUCAGUGAAUUUUUUAUAUUAAAAGGUUGAGCCAAA